UGUGAGGCGAGCGGCGCGCGCGCAUGUCCCAUCAACACGUCGCGACAACAGAAUAAUGGCAGGAGUAUUGUUUAUAGUCACCGUCCCUCAGAAAGAUUACGAGCAUGAACUACGCAAAAAAGAUAAAUCAACGGCCAUCGUCAUGGAAAAAGAGAAAUAUGAGAAAGCUUCCAAAAUAAUCCACGAGUUGAAACAGAGACGAUUUGGGACCUUAAAACCAGUAGAAUCGUUUGCAAAAGAUGACGAUAGCAUCACAAUGUCGAAGUGCAAAUCGAGCGAUUGUUUGGACAAGAACGAAAACGAAGAUUUGUACAAAAGCAAAAGUGAGACCACUUUAAAUGAAGUUCGGGAUAGGUACGUGAAGUCUCCUUGGGGAGAGGUGAAACAAGUUAUGAAGGCAAAGAGGAAUAAAGUGAACAUAACUAGGCCGGUGCGAGGGGUUGACAUUUUGGGUGCGUUUCAUUGGGACACGCCGCUUGAAACUAUACUUUCGGAGAUACUGGAGCGUCUUGACAUCAAUAGUGCGGCAUGGAAUGCUACCAGGGACAACAAAUUCUGGAAGGUGACUUUCUCCUUAAAGUCGGGCAACUUAUGCGAGGAGUUGCUGCAAGUUUUGAAGACUUUUGGCAUCGGCAAUCGGUACCAGUCAUCCAUGAGCGUCCUACCGUGCAAUUUGUUUUACCAGUGCAAUAAAGAAGACAAGGAAACGUCGUACAGAGAUAAUUGGAAGAGUGGGAACUCAGCCUGGUCCCGCUUCUCAUCAUCGGUCCGCGCUCGCAACAACCUUGCCCAAGUGCUCCACGACGUCCGAGCUGAAGCCUCCCUGACCUUCGACUGGCUGUUCCUCCUGCUGGUGGCUGCCUUCGUAGCCGCCAUUGGCCUGGUCGAAGACUCCACGGUCAUCAUUGUUGCUAGCAUGCUGAUUUCGCCUUUGAUGGCUCCUAUCACAGCAGCAACUCUAGGCACUGCAGUCCGCGACCGCUCGCUCCAACACAUGGGUCUUCUUCACGAAAUCCUGGGCUUAUUCCUUGCUCUUGUGAUGGGGUUCAUCUUCGGCCUUACCAUCUGCGCGGUCGAUGACCGUUACGGGGUAGGCGAGUGGCCUACUGAAGAGAUGACGUCAAGGUGCGAGAUCCGUUCGCUAUGGCUGGGCGUGCUCGUAGCGAUUCCGAGCGGUGCAGGAGUGGCGCUGGCUGUGCUCAGCGAAUACACUGCUUCUUUGGUGGGCGUAGCCAUCUCAGCUUCUUUGCUACCACCUGCAGUGAAUGCUGGUCUGCUCUGGUCGAUGGCACUGGUACACCUGGUUUUCGCGGAGGACGAGACUCGGUUCUCCGGGGUGAUCACCUCGUACCGCUACAGCGCGGACCCGGCGGCUGAGUUAGCAUUGCUGGGAACUGUCUCUCUCUGUCUGACGUUGGUCAAUAUACUCUGCAUAUUCUUGUCUGGAGUUGCUGUUUAUAAGGUCAAAGAAGUAUGUCCGCUAGAGAGAAGAGACAUAUCAUGGUGGAGAGCUAAUAAAAAUCUUCUACGAGCUUCAAGAGUCAAUAAGGAUCCGGCUGCACCUUGGGACAUGUACAGUAAAUGGUGUAACGAUCAAAUCGAGGCUCAGAAGACGUCGGACAAGGCUGUGCCUCCAGUCCAGAGUGACACAGUGACGUAUCGCCGCCACGUGACGGGCUUACGACCGAAGGCCCAGAACCUUGAGGACUACCUGCAGGGUUCUCAAACCACUGACAACUUGACUCCACAUCAUUUCGAAUCUCAAUCAACACUGGAUAUAGAAAGCCGAAUGGAAAAUGAAGAAAAGUGCGGAAAACCUAGUUUAGACUCCAGCGUGUAUUCCAACGAAAACAAAUCUAUAUGUAACUUAAAAUCUUUAGAUCGGGAAGACUUUAGCUUGUAUGACACAUGCUUUGAAGGGAAAGAAGGGGAAGAAUCAUAUAAAACACACUACCCGACGAUAGAACCAUCGUCAAAUCUAACGGUAGACGCUAAGCAGCAAGGUGUUAUUUUAGGAAAUAAAACUUUUCAUGUUUAAUAUACCUACUAGGUACCUCUAAAUUAUAAGGGAAGAUUUUGUUAACUUAUGUUCAUAAACAGAAACACCCACUU